AAAAACUUUAGAUCAUUUCAUUAUUGAACUAAAAUUUACAUAUUAGGAGUCUUGACUCAGCAUCUUGAAUUCUUCUGUAAUGGUGAUUUUUCUUUUCCAUAAAUUCUGAGAAUGGAGUACUACUUAUUCCAUUCAUGAAUAAGACUGGAUGUGGCACAUUAUAUCAGGUUUCUGGCCAAUAUGCUGAUACUGAUAAGGUACAAAUGAAAACUACUGCUAAAACAAAAAAACAAUGCUAUCUGACUUUAGAUUAGUAGUUAAAGGAGAUAUCAAUGAAGUUAUGAUAGAUGGAUUACUUAAGGGUAGUCAUAGUGAAAACUAAACUCAAGGAAAUAUUCUUCACUUCUAUGAAGAAAUAUCUUUAAAAUGCAGAAAAAAGAGAAGACAUAGAAAGUCAUUAAUGGCUCUAUCUUUGGAAUGAGAAAGGGAACUUGAGCUACAGAGCCAGAAAUCCUGUCAGUGAUAUCUCUAGCUGGUUACAAAUGUAAUUUCUGCAAUAGAAUAAAGUCUCUGCAGAGAGGAUGUUGUUGACUAUAACAUCCAUAUAUAUUCUCCAACAUGAUCUCUAGGUGCUUUUAUUCAGUUCAACAAGCAUUUAUUUUGUCAUAUUUUUAUUCAUCUUUUAUUUUUAUAUCACCUUCAUUUCUUAAUGUAUCCCUCCCCAUGCCAUCCUCUCAAAUCUAUCCCUUGUAACAAAUAUUUACAAAGAGGGAAAAAAACAAUUCAGCAAAGUUAACCAUCAUACCAACCAAGUCUAACAGUAUGUGCAAUAAUCCCCCAUCUCUGCAAAGAAGGCAGGGAGGUGAAUUUUUUUAACUCUUCUCCAGGCCCAAGUUUGUCAACUAGCAUUUGUUAAGCACCUACUUUGUGCCAGGCUUUGUGCUGGAUGCUGGGGAUACAAAGGCAAAAAUGAACAGUCCCUGCCCUCAAGGAGCUUACAUUUCUACUAGGGGGAAACAACAUGUACACAGACUUAUUCUGCAUCGAGAGAAGCACUUCCAUUACCUGAAAAGAGGCCUUCGACAGUUGACAGAUGCUUAUGAGUGUCUGGAUGCUAGCCGCCCCUGGCUCUGCUAUUGGAUCCUGCACAGCUUGGAACUGCUUGAUGAACCCAUUCCUGAGUCGGUGGCUUCAGAUGUGUGUCAGUUUCUGGAGCGAUGCCAAAGCCCAACAGGUGGCUUUGGAGGGGGACCUGGUCAGCACCCACACCUUGCACCCACAUAUGCAGCGGUCAAUGCAUUGUGUAUCAUUGGCACUGAAGAGGCCUUUGAUGUCAUCAACAGAGAGAAACUCCUAGAAUACCUCUACUCCCUUAAGCAGCCUGAUGGUUCUUUCAUCAUGCAUAUUGGAGGUGAGGUGGAUGUCAGAAGUGCUUACUGUGCUGCCUCAGUUGCUUCCCUAACUAAUAUCAUCACACCUAAACUCUUUGAAGGUACUGCAGAAUGGAUAGCAAGGUGUCAGAACUGGGAAGGUGGAAUUGGUGGUGUGCCAGGCAUGGAGGCCCAUGGUGGUUAUACUUUUUGUGGACUGGCAGCACUGGUCAUUCUCAAGAAGGAGAAAUCCUUAAACCUGAAGUGUUUAUUACAAUGGGUGACAAGCCGGCAGAUGAGGUUUGAAGGUGGAUUUCAGGGCCGAUGCAACAAGUUGGUAGAUGGCUGUUACUCUUUCUGGCAGGCAGGGUUACUGCCUCUCCUCCACCGAGCACUGCAUGCUCAAGGUGAUCCUGCCCUUAGUAUGAGUCGCUGGAUGUUUCACCAGCAGGCCUUGCAGGAAUACAUUCUCCUAUGCUGCCAGUGCCCUGCAGGGGGUCUUCUGGAUAAGCCUGGCAAAUCAAGGGACUUCUACCACACCUGUUACUGCCUGAGUGGCUUGUCCAUAGCACAACAUUUUGGCAGUGGAGAGAUUCUAUGUGAUGUGGUCUUGGGAGUGCCAGAAAAUCGCCUGCAACCUACUCACCCUGUAUACAAUAUUGCACCAGACAAAGUGGUCCAGGCUGUCAUGUAUUUCCUACAGAAACCCAUCCCAUGUGUAGAGGAGGAGGUAGCAGUAACUUCUGCUGCCACUGACUAAAAGGCACUGUGUCCUCUCCAGCCACCACUUCGAUAUCCACUUUCUCAGUACACAGCAUAUCCACAGUGUACACAGUGCUGUACAAAGCCUUAGCUACCAUGGAGCUAUAUUUUUUCCCCUUUCUUAAAACACACAGAAACAUGUCUGUGUGUGUGUCUGUGUGUGUGUGUGUACACAUGCAUGAGUUUGUACAUACACAUACAUACCUAUACACACACACACACACACAC